UGGAGACAGCCGGGCGCGGCGCUGCUGGCAGUAUUGUCUGGUUGAUUAUUUUGGUUCACGGAGUGAGGGAAUUUGUCUGGCUGUAGCAUUACCUGCUGACUUAACUGUAGCUUGGAGCGAGAUGUGAACCUGGUGCAGGCGGUGGUGCAGGGCGUGUGCGAGCGAGUGUAGUGCCCCUGCAGGGCCCCCAUGGCCUCCAGGGUGCCUGGGAGUGCCAGAGACUAGUGGCUCCGUGAACUUUGAUCUCCUCGAAGGCAUUCCAGCGAGAUUUCCUCUUGGUCAAGACUUGGCAGUUGAAGAUGAUAUUGCACUUUAUCGGAAGGCUUUUAAAAUUGUUUGACUUUAUGAUAAUAGUGUGGGUGCUCGAGUGUACUAAAGAUUAUGAUUCCUUGAGCAGCAUAUAUUACCACCAUGAAAAUCUAUUUCGUUAGUUUCAAAUAUUUGGAAAAAUGUAAGCACUGAGAUUGAAACAAUGUAUAUAAGGUAUAAAAGUUGUGGAAUAUAUAUACUGCAGUAUCCUAUGCUCACACAUCACUGUGAAAAAUUUAUCGGCAGGUUAGCACUGGAAAGUUAGACCUGCUGAAACAUUACAUUGAGUUUUAGAAAUACAGUAGUUCUGUGCACGGUAAGGCUGGCAUCAACAACUUGCUGUGUAUUACUGCAAACUCAUUUGGUGAUUUAUGUACAUACACUGCAAGGAAAAACCAUAUCAACAAUAAAACUUUGGAAAAUAAAGUGUACUUCUGUACUGAAGCAAUGUCUGGAUCAUCUAGUCAGACAUAAUGCCAUGAAGAUCUGUGCUAUCGUGAAAAUUAAAAGUAUUGUCUAAGUUUCACCAUAGCCUGUUCUUAAUGAUACAGUUUCUAACUUGAACAUAAAAUUAGAUCAAUUAACCCUGAACCAAUCAUGCAGGCUUCAACAGAGAUUGUGUAUGUUUAUGUGGCUCGUCAGAGUUAUAGAGGAACUGGAAACAAUGACCCCAGUAUGGAAGUCAAUGAUGUCAUACAUGUGACAGCAGAGUUUCUACACAGUCAGAAUGUAAUCCCAGAGAGUCCAGAUGGAUGGCUUUGUGGAACCAAUAUACGCACUGGCCAGGAAGGCUACUUUCCAGGCUACUUCUUGGUAUUAAAUGGGUCACACACAAGAACGGUGCUCCAACGCCGUCGCCCCCCUCCCCCUCCUGAUGUAACGCACUCCUUCACUGAUAAACAAGGGUACAUGGUUCUUGGACGAGGGACCAUGUCUGGGGAAGAGCCUUCCCCUGCGCUGUAUGGAGGACGGCGUAGCUCGUCUAUGCAGCUGCCGCCAGUGCAGCACCAGGUGCCACCCGUGCAGCACCAGCUGCCGCCCGUGCAGCACCAGUUGCCACCAGUGCAGCAUCAGUUGCCACCAGUGCAGCACCAGCUGCCACCAGUGCUGCACCAACUAACGCCCGUACAGCACCAGCUGUCGCCUGUGCAGCACCAGCUGUCGCCCGUGCAGCACCAGCUGGUCACCGUCUUCUUCAUCACACCCGUCCUCUGCUCUCACUGUCAAGACUACAUCUGGGGAAGCGGGAAGGUGGGCAAGCAGUGUGAAGAGUGCCGAGCGUGCUUCCACAACGUGUGUACAGCCUUCUCCAGCAGCCACCCGUGUGCCCGCCCACACCACACGCUUCCGCCGCCCACACUCACCACUGAUGUUCCGAUCAGCCAAUGGUCUUCUAGUAAUGUGGUGGACUGGAUGGCAACACUCAACUUGGCACCGUACACAGAAUUAUUCAAAGCAAAAGAUAUCAAAGGAAUAGAUCUUCUCACCUUGGACCGUGAUAAACUUGGGAAUAUGGGCAUCAAAGACGAGUUCCACCAAAAAGCUAUCUUGGUAUGCAUUGAUCAACUACAAAAUGAGUGUCGUGAUAUAGACAGUAAACCUUCUUCUGGUAUUGGAGGAGCAGACUGCAGCACUCCGGCAUCUCAUCAUAACCUUCGUAACCACUCCUUCCAUGACCUCCACCGCUGCGACAAGUGUGGAUUAUAUCUCCGAGGUUUUAUUCAUCAAGGACAGUUUUGUCAAGACUGUGGACUGAUCGCUCAUCGCACAUGUGCUGCCACUGGUUUGCCUCCCUGUGUUAAACAAUCGUCCAAGUAUUUUCGUCGCAUAUUACUCUCCUCUGUAUUUGGAUUGAGCUUGUGCACACAGUUCACUCCUGGUGAUAGCCCUGCACCUCUCCUGCUUGUGCGAUGCUGUCAAGAAAUUGUGUUCCGUGCCAAGAGUGAUCCUAACUUGGAUCCGUACCGCCUAUAUCGCACACCACCCCAACAGGAAACUCUAGCUCAGUUGAGACAGGACUGUGAUGAUGACAUGUGCAAUGUUGACCUUAGUGCAUACGAACCCCAUGUUAUUGCGUACCUGAUUAAGAGAUAUCUCCGAGAGCUCCCUGAACCAGUGAUUCCUGAAACUUUUUAUGAUCGCUUUAUUGAAGCUACUCGUAUCCAUAAUGAUGAUCAGUGUGCUAAAUGUAUGGCACAGAUGGUCAAGGAACUUAAUUCUCAUCAUUUUUAUACUUUGCAGUUCUUGAUGAGCCACUUCUUGCAACUAUGUCAACUCCAAGUUGGAAGGGGCAUCUUAGAUCCACCAACUCUACUCAUUCAAUCUCUUUGUCAUGUCCUCCUAAGACCACCAUGGGAAAAAAUUGUGGAACUAGCACGGAACACUGAAGCACACAUGCGGAUUGUAGAGAUGCUUUUGACAAAGGUAGAUUGGGGAGAAAAGGUUCCCACUUUUGCACCAGCUCCAGCUUUACCACCAAGGCCACGUCCAUCCACGACUACAAAUCCUGGGUUUAUGGAGGAAGCUAGCCCACGAUCUCCUGCUACUGCUUCUGGACUUCCUCCUUCAGCAGUUGGUAGUGGCACACUUUCCUAUUACUCAAACAUCCCAGCUAGUGCACCAAAGGCACUUCAAGAAGCUGAAUGGUAUUGGGGUACCAUAUCAAGGGAAGAUGUCAAUGUUCUGAUGAAAGACACUAAAGAUGGAACUUUCUUAGUCAGAGAUGCAUCAACAGGAAAUAAUGAAUACACGCUUACACUGCGCAAGGGAGGUUCAAAUAAAUUAAUAAAAAUAUGUCACCGCAGUGGAAAGUAUGGCUUCACAGAACCAUUCACCUUCAACUCUGUAGUAGAAUUGGUAAACUAUUGCUGCCAACAAAGUCUUAUACAGUUUAAUAAAGCACUAGACAUCAGGUUGCUUCACCCAGUGAGUCGUUUCCAUGGAGAAGAAUCCGAGAGUGCAAGAAUGCGAGUUGAGGACAUUCUGGGUCGUUUGAAUGACCUAAAUAAGCAGUACCUAGCCAAAACUGCUCAAUAUAAUAACAGCUAUGAAAAACAGCAGGCACUAGCUCAAGAUAUUCAGUUGAGUCGACAAGCACUGGAUGGUUAUGCAGAAACGAUGUUAUGGAUUGAUGACCACCUCAAGCUCCAUGAAAAAUUCAAAAUUGAAGCCCAGCCCCAUGAAGUGCACGACUUGUUAACCAACCAACAAGUACUGCUGGGACGACUGGAAAUGGUUAGAGAAGCUCACAGUCAACAAGAAAAUCACUUUUCGGCUCUGAAGAGAGAGAGUUUAAGUGUGGAACGCCAGGCAACAUCUUUCAAAUUGGAAGUCAUGAAAUUAGCAAAACAAAUGGACCAUCUCAAGAAUUUGUUACUCUCACGGGGACUUUCUGCUGAUAUGAUGGAUCAGUGGCUUGACCAGACGGAUCCAUCCCAAACUACACAGCCGUGUCCGGAGCUAAACAACGAGUCUCUAUGGCAUGAUGAUGCUUGCUCAAGAGAAAGAGCUGUUAAUUUGCUACACAACAAACCUGAUGGCACUUUCCUCAUAAGAAUGGCACAAAAUGGAGGAUAUGCUUUGUCAAUUGCGUGCAGCAAAGAAGUGCAACACUGUAGGAUAUAUGAAGGAGGACAUGGGUAUGGAUUUGCAGAACCAUUUUUGAUAUACCCAACACUGCGAGAUUUAGUUCUUCACUACUCCGAGAACUCCCUCCUAAUGCACAAUGACCUGCUCAACACACCUCUUAAAUACCCAGCCCUAAUGAACAGCUAGUGACAGUCAAAAAGUUAGCAAGGAACAUGAAACUUACCUGAUUGGUGGAUAACUUAAACUUGGUUUUACAAACCGAGCUAAAGCUAACCUAGUGAAUCGGUGAUUAGCUAAGGCAAUAGAAGGGCAGUAAUGCAAUUCAGUGAUUGCCUGAUUGCCAGUGAAAAUUGAGUUGUAUAUUUUGAGUGGACCUUUUCUCAGGAAACCAGUGACUGUUGCCAGAAAUGUCAUGGAUAAUGUAUGAUAUGCAUUCUGCAAAAUAUAUGUGAUGGCUUUAAUUUGCAGAACUUGUGUAAAACAUUGGGCAUGGUCUGUUUCACCUCUACACAUGGUGUUUCAUGGCUGAAGGCCAUUUUUGCCCCCCUCUACAGCUUCUACCAGACUUCUUCCAGUGACUAUACAAUGCAGUCAGACAGAUUUAAGUUAUUAUAUUAAGAAAAUAUAUAUGCAAUGUUAGCUGAAUGAAGUCUGGUAGGAGAGAAGUGGAGCAUCAUUUUUUACUCUGUGGUACAAAAUAGUUUCAGGACUAGCAAAGGCAAGUUGUUUCAAAGUGACAAUGUCACAUCCUACAGAGUUUAGUAUUGAGUGAUCAAAGUACGGGUAGUACCCCUUAACAAAGAGGCUACCCAUGCAUAUGUUGUUUUCGUAGUGGCCAAAGACAAUAACCCAUUGCAAAUAUUUUGCUGUCAGUGCUUGAUAAACCCCAUAACCUAUAUUGUUUUUAAAAUAAUUGAUAUUUUAAAGAAUAUUAACAGAUAGGCUACACAGUGUUAAUAUUUGAUACUAUGAAAUGUGCUGUGAAGAAAUGAUUAUUCUUUGUUUCCAAAGAUUGUCAAGAUCUCGUAUUCAGACAAGGAUAUUAGCGUUGGAUAUCAAUGUGUGAUAGAAGUUACCGAGGUUAAGAAAGGUUACUGCAUUCCAGUUAUGACUGAGCAGAAUAUAUCCAGCAUGCCCUUAGCAGGUGACUACAAAUCAGACAUAAAGACUUGCAAGUGUGAUAUAAUAAACAAAACAGACAUAUAAGUGCUGUAGAAGAGAGAACUUGGAACAGAGGGGUAUCCAAGUCUUCUCUAGUCACCAGAAACCCCCCAAGCCACAUGCUGCACCAUGCUUUGAUUCAUCAUAUAAAGCUUCAUCUCAUUUUCAUAAUUUUUAAUCUUGACAUUUUCAUACAUUAUAUUGUUUAUAUGUCAAUUAUAAUAUGCUCUUUUUUUUCUUGCAUAUUGUACUUAUGUAUGUAUGUGUGUAUAUAAUGUGUAUAUAUAUUAAAAUGUCAUAACUAAUAGCCAGAGUUGCCUAACAAGACAAAUUUUCUUCGAUAAUUUUUUUUUUUUUUUUUUUUUUUUUUUUUUUUUUUUUUUUUUUUUUUUUUUUUUUUUUUUUUUUUUUUUUUUUUUUUUUUUUUUUUUUUGAGCCAAACUAAUUUGGCAUCAGGACCUUGCUAAAAUAAUGUGCUGUAUGCGUAUUAUUCCAAAACCCUGCUUAAUAUACAAAAAGAACUUGGCCUAAAAUUAGUAAUUAAUAGUACCAAUUUAAUAUACUGUAUUCAUUUAUUUUAAAUAUAAUUUUGAUAAGAUUCUUCACAAAUCUGUACACACACAUUUAGCAAAACGCAACUGGACUAUUAAGCUUAGUAGUACGGAUCUGGCCAUUAGGUAUGACAUGUAUAUAUAUAUAUGUAUGUAUAUAUAUGUAUGAGUAUAUGGAUCAUUUCUACACCUCAUUAUAUUUAUGAACACUGUCUUCCAUUAAGUAAUAACUGUUUGAUAGGUCAGCCAUGGGUUAAUAUAUAUUUGAACUUGGAUCACUUUCUACUUAAUGAUCUGAUUUGCUGCAGAACUAGUCUCCUUAAUUAAAUUUAAUAAAAACUGCAUAGCUGAAAGUAUCCUAAUUUUUGCCUGUGUGCUUUGUAUUUAUCAUUUCACAGUUGAGACAUGUGUUAUUCAUUUUUCAUAAUCUAGCCACCUCUCCUCAUUAUUACAUGUCCCCUGAACCAUUGUUACAUAUAUAUAUAAAUAUAUAUAUAUUUUAUAUUAUUAAAGGUUAGGCAACAAAUGGUUUAGGACUGCCACUGAAGAGACCUGUCUUAAGCCCGGUGAAUGAAGUUACAGCGGGCAGGUGGUAUGAGGGUUGGUGGCUGCACAAUGUGAUACUGUGGUGUGUGGCUUGGGCAGUUGUGUGCCAAGGCAGGUAGUCAUGACUUGGCCACACAACCACUUCCCCUCCCUGUCGCUUGUCACCUUCCCUCCCAUGCUACACAGGGAAAAGUCAAUAAAGUGCUCUUUGGUCAUAA